AAUAAUAAUAGACAAACAGAACAAAAACUAAAGAAACGAUAUGAUGUCAUUUUUCUCCAUAAUUUCUCUCUUGCUUCUUUUCUCUCUGUCGUCGGUGGUUAUCUCGGAUGGCGAGUCUUUUCAGAAACUUCCGGUGCCGGAAAAUAGGUCAGGCCCUGAAGCUUUCGCCUUUGACUCCACCGGAAAAGGAUUCUACACCGGAGUCUCUGGUGGAAAAAUACUGAAGUAUACUCCUGAGACGGGUUAUGUCGAUUUUGCACAGAUCACAGAAUCAUCGAACUCUUCAUGGUGCGAUGGUGUAGUUGGGACGGCUUUAGCCGGAAGAUGCGGUCGACCGGCGGGGAUAGCCUUCAAUGAAAAAACAGGUGAGCUCUACGUCGCCGAUGCACCGUUGGGUCUUCACGUUGUGUCUCCCGCCGGUGGCUUGGCCGUAAAAAUCGCCGACAGUGUUGAUGGAAAGCCCUUUAAAUUUCUCGACGGUCUUGACGUUGAUCCAACUACUGGUGUCGUCUACUUCACUUCCUUCAGCUCACGCUAUACCCCAAUGUAUUUUUCUUCUCUCUUCAGCUCACGCUAUACCCCAAUUCAAGUGUUGAUUGCAUUGGGAUUAAAGGACGCGACCGGAAAACUCUUCAAGUACGAUCCAUCAACAAAGGUCGUGACCGUAUUAAUGGAAGGUUUAAGUGGCUCAGCUGGUUGUGCCGUGAGCUCGGAUGGUUCGUUCGUGCUUCUCAGUCAGUUCACAAAGAGUAACAUCAAGAGGUAUUGGAUCAAGGGACCUAAAGCUGGUUCAUCUGAAGACUUCACAAACUCGGUCUCAAACCCUGACAAUAUCAAGAGGAUUGGUUCUACAGGAAACUUUUGGAUCGCUUCGGUUGUGAACAAGAUCGUUGUGCCGACAAACCCAUCAGCGGUCAAAGUGAACUCCAAUGGUGAAGUGCUUCAAACAAUUCCUCUAAAAGAUCAAUUUGGGGACACUUUGCUUAGCGAAGUUAACGAAUUCGAUGGUAGUUUAUACAUCGGGACUCUCACUGGCCCUUUUGCUGGAGUUCUUAAGCUUUAAAUUUGUUUAAAAGUAUGGUUAGAUCUCUGAUUUGAAGGCCGCCGGUGUUUACCAUAUAUGUGAAGUUUGUUUUUUUAUUGAAUGUCAAAGGUCACAACCAUAUAUCAUGGUCUGUUUGUCUUUAUAGUAUUAAAAAUAAAAUGUUUUUAAUUC